AUUAAAAGGGACUUGGCUGAGGCAGUGUGAGAGGUUUGGGCACAGUGUGCACCUCCAUCCCUCCUACUCUGCAGGAGUUCCGGCUAGCCAGUAAUUACUCUCCUUGGCUAAUCCCAGCAGAUAGCUGGGAGGAGCAGGUCUGGGAUGCUGCCAUGUGGUGAAUGUUCUGCACAGUAUAUUUUCUUGCACUCCUUUCUUUCUGCACACGGAUAAGUGGCUGCUAUUACAUUCAUGCUCAUUUUCCAAUUCUGGACUUUUUUCUCUCGAAAGGAGCACUAAAGCAGGACCCCUGCUCUGCUAUUAUCCCCAGACAAGGACCAGUUAAGUGACAAGUACUGACACAAAAGGCAGAGGAAACUUGGUUCUUGAGCUGACACAUGGAGGUGAUUAUGUUGCUUGCAUUCCACUCGCUGUGAUGCUUCCCCCAUGCAGGGCUGUCUGCCAUUCCUGUAAGGAACCAAUGCACUGCACUGUGCCUCCAACUCUGCCCCAACUCAGCAGCCCACAAAUUCCUUUGGACUUAUGAACAAAGAUGCAAACGCUGCUUCGCUCCUUCUUGGGUCUCUGCUGUGUUGUUGGGGCAUUUGCUCAGACGGUGAUUGAAAAAAUAUCAGAGGACAAUGCGACGCUACCCUGCCAGCACAGGCUCAGUACAGUGGGAAAACAUCUGGACAUUGAGUGGCUGAUAGAUGUUUCAGAUGUUAAGCAAAAAGUGAUACUUAGCUACAGUGGAGGUGAAGUCUAUAAAGAGGAAGGCCGCUACAGCUUUAUUUCAGACUACUUAGCUGGUGAUGCGGCCAUGUUUAUCAGAUCUUUGGUGCCCAGUGAUGCCAGAAAGUACACCUGCAAAGUAAAAAAUGUCGGACAGUUUAUAUGGAGCACAAUCUUCUUAAAGAUAUUAGUGAAGCCAUCGGAGCCCCAUUGUUGGAUAGAAGGAGAACAGGUGGUGGGAAGAAAUGUCACACUUCACUGCAAGUCAUCAGCUGGUUCACUGCCCAUGAAAUACUACUGGAAGCGUAGAAAGAACCAGGAAUACUCAGGAAAUUUACCUACACGGCCGGAAUUUCCUCAUAAACUGUUCUUGCAAAAUGUAAGUACAGAAGACAAUGUCUCGUACCGCUGUAUUGUGUGGAAUACAGCUGGGGAAAGGAUGUGUGAUGUGCACCUGAACGUGAAGGUUCCGACCAAUGUGGCGUUCCUGGCGGUAGUUACUUGUGGCUCUGUAGGUGGGGUGUUAUUUCUGUUUCUUAUCUGCUGGUACUUGUUCCGAAAGAAAGAGCUCAAAAAACGUAAAGAAGAUGAGUUCCUGAACGAAAUUAGGGAGGAUGCAGAAGCACCUAAAGCUCGCCUGAUGAAGCCUGGAUCAUCGUCCUCAGGCUCCAGAAGCUCUCGCUCAGGUUCUUCCUCUACUCGGUCUACAACCAACAGUGCCUCUCGUAGUCAACGAACGCUCUCAACACAGGAAGCUCCUCAUAGGGACUCAAGGCAUCAUUGCCUGGAGCAGAUAUAGGGGAACAGAAGAAUAACUGAGUUAUUUAAGACAUGAGAUCCUAAAAAAAAAAAAAAAAAAGAUUGAAUGUAUGUGUCAUUUGUGCCACCAGGUUAUAGACAUUGGGCCUCCUGCCUGGAUAAGCUUUGCUAAGAGGUCUUGCCCACGUCAGAAUCUUUACCGACCACGUAUUUGAUUUAUUCACCAGUAGAGAAUUUACACCUUUUCGAAUAAUGGACGACAAAAAAAAUUGCAAAGUGAAUUGAAGACACUAUUAAGAUUUCUAAUCAAAAAACAGGUAAAAAAAAAAAAAAUGAUAUUAAGAACCUGAACUCUUAACAAGGGAAUGUGAAUGCGAGUUCUACAGAUUGUAAAGGCUUCAUUUCAUGGACACAUUUAGGGGAAGGAAGAGGUUACAUUACUUAUGAUGAACUAUGUAGCAAUGUGAAUCGUUUUUGUACAGGAAAAACUUCCAAAUACUUUGUGUUGAAGGUACGAAAUAACUUUGGACGAAAUAAUUGUUCUAUGAGGGAGAUAAUUUUUUUUUAUAACAUCUUGUUUUGUUUUGACUGUGUGAAUUUCAGUGUUCUGUGUAGCAGAAAACUCUGUUGAUCUGCCCAUAGAUAUUUCCAGUUUGGUUAAAGGGGAACUCCAGUGGAAAACAAAUGUUUUCAAAUCAACUGAUGCCAGAAAGUUAAACAGAUUUGUAAAUUACUU